AUGGGCUCCCGUCAUGAGAUAAACUCCAGCGCAGUGCGAAAACGUAUUGAAAAUCAUGACUUCAAUGACGAAGAAGGAGAGGAGUAUGAGGCCUCAAGCUUCGGCGGGUUUGGAGACUAUAUGCGCAGAAAAAAGAUGAAACUGCAGAAUCUUGAUGCAGAAAUUCGAGCUUCAGCUGGUGAUUGCCCGCAAAUUUUUCGCGGUGUAGUUGCCCAUGUCAAUGGGUACACCCAGCCUUCUCUACAAGACCUUCACCAUCUGAUUGUGAGCCACGGAGGUGGCUUUUUGCAAUAUUUAGAUGGCAAGACUGUCGCAACCCACAUCAUUGCUAGUGGUUUGACACCAAAGAAGCGGGAAGAAUUUCGACGGUACCGUAUAGUGAAACCUGCGUGGGUGACGGACAGUAUAAAAGCAGGACGUUUACUACCAUGGGAUGAAUUUAGAAUAGUGGAUGAAGGUCAAGCCCAAAGAGUGCUCAAGUUUGAUGAUGGCCGGUUUAUCAGUCAAGCAAAUAACCCUCCCACGGGUUAUAAAGAUCAGUCACGAACUAGCUGGUACAACUCCCAGCUGCGAGAUAUGAGCACAGUAGAGGCCAGUCUCAACUCUUCACCAAAACUAGUGACUCCCUCUGCAAGGUCAAAAACCUCAUAUAUGGUUACACCAACCAUGCCGAGCCAGCCAUCGCAGUCAGACUAUGGUGAUUUCCCUAGUUUUACAACGGAGGAAGCAGACAAAUCCCACACCCCUCAGCCUCAACAGGAGACAUCUGAUAGUGAUCCAUCGCAGGCCUCCGUGCCAAAGCCAUUCGUUGACACCGAAAAUACUCCAGUCCUUGGCCAAAAGAGUCCCACAAAACCAGGCUUGACAUCCGAAGAAUACAACGCGCAGCUUCUUUCUGAUCCGCGAAUGCAGAAAUCCUCUGUCGUCAAUCCAGAUUUUCUGCAGCAAUAUUAUAGAGAGUCUCGCCUUCAUCAUUUAUCAACCUGGAAGGCAGAAUUGAAAGCUCAACUCCAGGCUGCAACCAAGGAAAAAGCACAGUCUCAGAUAUCAAGAAAGAAACCCGUCCCAGGAUCAAGACGCUACAUUCUCCACGUGGACUUUGAUUCAUUCUUUGCAGCUGUCUCACUUUUGAAGCAUCCCGAGCUUCGAGACAAGCCCGUUGCUAUCGCUCACGGUGCUGGAUCAGGCUCUGAGAUUGCUAGUUGCAAUUACCCUGCACGUUCACAGGGAGUCAAGAAUGGAAUGUGGAUGAAAGGCGCUUUACAAUUGUGCCCUGAUCUCAUAGUUCUUCCUUAUGAUUUUCCUGCCUAUGAAGAUGCGAGUCGGAAGUUCUACGCCUCGAUACUUGCCAUUGAUGGUACUGUGCAGAGUGUCAGUAUAGACGAGGCUUUGAUUGAUGUGACUAACAUAUGCCUGGAAGCUGGCGGGUCAAAUGGAAAGGCCAUAUCGGAAGGAUCGAUUGAUCGCGAGCAAUUCAAAGCGGACGAAAUUGCCCACGGCUUACGGGAUUCAGUCAAAAAUAAAACCGGAUGUGCAGUUUCGGUCGGCAUUGGUGGCAAUAUUUUGCUCGCGAAAGUUUCUUUGCGGAAAGCCAAGCCUGCUGGUCAGUUUCAAUUAAAGCCAGAUGCCGUUUUGGGCUUUAUUGGAGACCUUACCGUUCGUGAUCUUCCGGGAGUGGGCCAGAGUAUGGCCAUCAAAUUGGAAGAGCUAGGUGCAACCCUUGUCAAAGACAUCAGGGACAUACCAAAAGAAAGACUGGUAUCUGGCCUAGGACCCAAAACUGGAAUUAGAAUGUGGGAAUACGCUCGCGGAAUCGAUCGAACAGAUGUUGGCGACCAAGUCACGAGGAAGUCUGUUUCGGCUGAGGUCAACUGGGGGAUUCGAUUCGUUAACCAAGACCAAGCAGAUGACUUUGUGCGGUCUCUAUGUGAGGAGUUGAAUCGAAGAUUGAUGGAAAAUCUAGUGAAGGGAAACCAACUCACUCUCAAAAUUAUGCGACGAUCGAUGGAUGCUCCACUGGAACCGGUCAAACACCUUGGUCAUGGAAAGUGUGAUACAUUCAACAAGAGCGUUACUCUUGGUGUGGCGACUAAUGCAUCGGACACAAUUGCCAAAGAAGCGAUAUCGAUGUUGAGAAGUUUCAACUUUUCACCCGGGGAUUUGAGAGGGCUGGGUGUGCAAAUGACGAAGCUUGAGCCAAUGAAGCCUGGUCCAUCUGUACACGAAAGCAGUCAACGACAACUGAACUUCCAGAAGUCUCCGCCUCCCAAGAAUAUCGUCAAAUACGCAGACCCCGAUGAACUGGAGAGCCCACACAAGGAUGAAUCUGUGCGAAUUCAAGCCGACCCAGUACUUAGCAAUAGCGCCCACAAGCCACUCAACAUCUCGGGUACUCAGUUUAUUAUGCCGACUCAGGCAGACCCCAAGGUCAUUUCAGAGUUGCCAACGGAUAUAAGAUCGAGACUUGUUGCACAAGCAAAGCCGCGACAGGAUUCUCGCUCUGGGUCUCCAUGUCCACCACCACGUUCGGCACGACCGCAUGCUCAAGCGGAACUUCCGCCUCAGUCCCAACUGGAUCCAGAUGCAUUGGCCGCCUUGCCAGAAGAUGUCAGAAACGAAGUUUUGGGAUACUAUAAUGAGCCAGCUAUUACUUCUGCCCUGCCACCCGGACCAACUGUACAUGACUCACGUCCAGCAACUUCCGGAUCUCUCAAGCUGAAAAGGCCGGCCUCACCACCCAAGAAGAGGCGUGGUCGACCCCCGAAGUCAGCUACGCUUGCGAGCAAACCUAAACCAAAACCACUGAAUCAAUCGAGUUUUGGCUUUGUUCUUCCACGACCGGCGGCUGCAUCUACUAGUCUCGAGGAAGAUAUCUUGUCUAGACAAGCAUCCCCAAACGCUGAAGAGCCAGCCCGAACAUCAACUGAAGCUUCGGCGGAAUUUCUUGCGGCUUUACCUGAAGAUAUUCGACGAGAGGUUCUUGAAGAACAAGAACGUACCCGCAUGCAGCAGCGCGCGCGACCUCUCGCAUCUGCACCAAGACCUCCAUCCCGGGCACAAGAGGUCCCCUUUCUUCCAUCAAUUGCCGUGGAGAAGCGUCUUUCUCUACCACCGCUCCCAAAAAGGCCAGUCUUUACAUCACAGCGCCUGUCUCACUUGCCGGAUUUGCGGGACGCAGUUGGCUCGUGGCAUGAAGUCUUUGCGGCUGGUGGUCCCUAUGCCGAAGAUGUUACAUCAUUGUGUAAAUAUCUUUCUAGUGUGACUUUGCAAGAGAAAGACUUGGAUAAAGCUGUUUCGGUUGUGCGCUGGUUGAUGUGGUUGGUUGAUGAUCAAUCGCAGCACCGAAGUUCUGAAGGACCACAAGGGUCCCGGUCAGAGGGAACUAUGACUUGGGAAGAGGCUAUAAAGAGGAUGCAGCAUAGUGUGCAGCUGGCCGUCGCACAGAGAGAACUACCUCCCGUUGAUUUCUCGUAG